CAAUCCCGGAUCUGAUCUCCAUCUCUGACCGUCCGAUCAACCCACCUUCAUCACAACGUUCAGACAAAUCUAAAUCCAAUCAGGAAACAGCGCAGCACCGUAACAAAACGAUGUCGUUCCCGCCGGACUCUCCGUCCCCCGCCGCCGUCGAUACGACGCCUCUACUCUCCGACCAGAUCUUCCGCCCCCACCGCCGCCCUCGCUUCCUUCGCCGCCCGCCCAGCCUCCGCGGCGCCGCGAACUUCCUCCGUCGCGCCAGCAGCCGGAGCCGCGCCAUGCGCGAGCCCUCCGUCCGCGUCCGAGAAGCAGCGGCCGAUCAAAUCGAGGAGCGGCAGAGUGAUUGGGCUUACUCGAAGCCGAUAGUGAUUUUAGACCUCGUUUGGAACAUCUCCUUCGUGGUCGUCUCAAUUUCGGUGCUGAUUGUGAGCCGGAACGAGACGCCUUCGAUGCCGCUGAGGCUCUGGACUGUGGGUUACGCGCUGCAGUGCCUUCUUCACGCGGUGUGUGUUUGCUGGGAGUAUAAGAAGAGGUAUUCGGGCCACAAUUUGGAAGGGGGCGACGGAGCUCAAUUAGGGUUAGGGCACACUCGGAAUUACUCGAAUUCCAGCUCCGGAAGUGAUGACGUGGAAUCUGACGGUUAUUUUUCCGAUCACCGGCAAAGUAAUGAUGAAGCUAGUUUCCUUGACAGCGUUGCUAAACAUCUGGAGUCUGCAAAUACUAUGUUCUCAUUUAUUUGGUGGUUAAUUGGUUUCUACUGGGUUUCUGCCGGUGGCCAAAGUCUGCCAAGUGAAGCGCCUCAGCUUUACUGGCUGUGCAUAACAUUUUUGGCAUUCGAUGUGUUUUUUGUUGUCGUUUGCGUUGCUGUAGCGUGUGUUAUUGGACUUGCUGUUUGCUGCUGUCUACCUUGUAUCAUCGCAAUCCUAUAUGCUGUUGCCGACCAGGAAGGAGCUACUAAGGAUGACAUUGAGAGACUUCCUAAAUACAAAUUUCGGAGAAUUGGUGAUUUGGAGAAGCGAAGUGGUGAAAUUCAAGGAUCAUUUGGUGGAAUAAUGACGGAAUGCGACACUGACUCACCCAUUGAUCAUGUCCUUCCUCUGGAGGAUGCUGAAUGCUGCAUUUGCCUCUGUGAUUACGAUGAUGGAAGUGAACUGCGGGAGCUCCCUUGCGCCCACCAUUUUCACGUGGCUUGUAUAGACAAGUGGCUGUACAUGAACGCAACCUGCCCUCUCUGCAAGCUCAACAUAAUAAAAAAUGGCAACCUUAGCGGUAGUGAAGAAGCAUGAUCAUUGAAAAAGCUACCUCCAUCGCUCUGGGCAUCCCCGAUGCUGGCUGGGUGGUCUCGUCCCUGCCUCGAGCCUCAUGUGAAGCAAGGCAGCAGCUGCUGCCCAUGUAUGUGAUAUAUCUACUAUACAUAUAUAUAGCCCUUUGUUAUUAAAUAUAGUGAGUUGAUAUGGUGUUCGAUAGUAGUAAUGUUUUAAUCCCAAACCAUAUAAAUGUGAGGUACUAGAAGAGCUAGCUUUUUUUAGUUUCUCAUGAGUGUUGCACUCUGUGGUGUAAGAGAAGGAGCAACAGUGUAUUUAUUGCCCACCUCAUUCCUCGAUUUUUAUGUAAAUCUUUGUUAUUCCA